AUGAGAACAGCCAAACUGUUGUGCUACAAGGGGCUGGGGGUUGGCGAUGUGACCAUCAUCCGUGCUCUGGCUAAGGCGACUGGGAGGAAGGAGGCGGUGGUUAAGUCGAAUCGACUCAAAAGCGUUUCAGAGCCCGUGCCCCCUUGUUGCCCCACGUUUUUGGGUCCACGAGGAAAAGACAAGAUUGGCGACGAGUGUGGCGACCUGGGGCUGGUGGCGAAGGCCAGCCGCACCACGCAGCGCAUGAUGAUGCAGCCGGCGCCACUCACGUGCCACAAGGUCUUUGAAGCCUUCCGAUUCAUCGCCAAGGAGUCAGGCAGUCAGAGUGUGGAGAAGAAGCGGGCGCGGAUAAAGCAGCUGCUGGUGUCGGCGCGGCAGCAGGGAGCCGCAGCUGCUGUCAUGCACGAGGACUUCCGAGAGGGCACCGGUGUUGCUGCUGGUGAUGCUGCCGCUGCUGCUGCUGGUGCUGCUGGUGCUGGUGGUGGUGGUGCGGGUGGUGACGAUAAGGAUGGGGCAAUAAGGAGGUUGGGGAUGGGGCUGCUGCGGCAGUUGGGAGAGGAGGGGAUGGGGGGACGGAGGGAGAGGUUGAGGAAAAAUGGCCGGGGAAGGAGAGUCAAGGAGGGAAAGGUGCUUUCAAAGAGGGAAAAACUGGCUCGACUGCCGGGAAGACUAGAAGAGGCAGUGCGCAUCAUGAAGCAUGCGUACUCAGUCCUCCCAGUUUACGACCAGUUGUUUCCAUCCCUAUUAAGAGACGGCAUAUGGGGCCGUUCCCGAGGCGUGUCACUGCAGGGGCUGACGUUCACGUGCGAGUAUAAGUACGAUGGGGAGCGCACACAGGUGCAUGGGCUAGCGGACGGCACAGUGCAGAUCUACAGCCGCAAUGCGGAGUGCACCACUGGCAAGUUCCCCGACCUCGUACAGGCUGUGAUCACGUCUCAAAACCCCUCUUCUCCCCCGUUUCCCCUCUCCCUUACUGGCAUGCGCAAGAAGGUUUACGUGAAGACCUUUGUGCUGGAUGUAGAGGCAGUGGUGUACGACAGGGAGAGCGACAGGGUGGCUGUGGCGCACAAGAAGGGCCCACGUUUAUGUUGGAUGCAGAGGGCAGUGGCGUAUGACAGGAGGAGAGACAAGAUUCUGCCGUUCCGGUUGCUUAGUUCUCCUCUGUUUCCCCUCUUCCUUACUUGCAGGCACAAGAAAAGUCACGUGCAGACGUUUGUAUUGGAUGCAGAAGCAGUGGCGUACGACAGGGAGAGCGACAAGAUUCUGCCCUUCCAGGUGUGCAUGUUCGCAUUCGUCUGCUCUACCUCAACGGCCCAGCAGCUGCUCACAGAGAAGCUCGUGCGGCGGAGAGAGGUGAGGGCACGGCAGAGAGGUGAGGCACCACAGAGAGGUGAGGCACGGCAGGACAGGAUGACUUUUGAGUCGACUCAAAAGUCAUCUCGCCAGCAGCUGCUCACAGAGAAGCUCGUGCGGCGGAGAGAGCUGCUGCUGGAGUCGUUUGAGGCGGCCAAGGGCGAGUUCCAGUUCGCGACGGCCAUCACGACCAGCAAGGAGGAGGAGCUGCAGGCGUUCUUUGACGACGCUGUCAACCACAGCUGCGAGGGCGCCAUGGUGAAGACCCUGGACGUGGAUGCCACAUACGAGCCGGCCAAGAGGAGCAACAACUGGCUCAAGCUCAAGAAGGACUACAUGGAAGGGUGCGGUGGGGAUGGGUCGUGUGUGUGGUGGUGUGGUGGGGAUGGGUCGUGCGUGUGGUGGUGUGGUGGGGAUGGGUCGUGCGUGUGGUGGUGUGGUGGGGAUGGGUCGUGCGUGUGGUGGUGCGGUGGAAAGGACUACGUUGAAGGGUGGGGCCUGGCUAGAUUGUGUGUGACUCUCUCUCUCUCUCUACUCUUCUCUCCCUCGCUCCGUUCUCACCCUCACUCUGACCCUCUUCCUCGCUCCGUUCUCACCCUCACUCUGACUCUUCUUCCUCGCUCCGUUCUCACCCUCACUCUUCACCCUUCCGUUCUCACACUGACUCUUCUCCCUCACUCUGUUUUCACGCUCGCCCUUCUCCCUCACUCUGUUCACUCUGUUCUCUCUGCUCCCUCACUCUCUUCACUCUGUUCUCUCUGUUCCCUCACUCUCUUCACUCUGUUCUCUCUGCUCCCUCACUCUGUUCACUCUGUUCUCUCUGGUCCCUCACUCUCUUCACUCUGUUCUCUCUGCUCCCUCACUCUCUUCACUCUGUUCUCUCUGCUCCCUCACUCUCUUCACUCUUUUCUCUCUGCUCCCUCACUCUCUUCACUCUGUUCUCUGGUCUCCCUCACUCUCGUCACUCUGUUCUCUCGUCGCCCUCACUCUCGUCACUCUGUUCUCUCGUCUCCCUCACUCUCGUCACUCUGUUCUCUCGUCGCCCUCACUCUCGUCACUCUGUUCUCUCGUCUCCCUCACUCUCGUCACUCUGUUCUCUCGUCUCCCUCACUCUCGUCACUCUGUUCUCUCUGCUCCCUCAAUCUCUUCACUCUGUUCUCUCUUCUCCCAAACUCCCUCCCAAUCAGGCUGGGCGACUCCUUGGACCUUGUGCUCAUCGGGGCGUUCCACGAGGUGCCUCAUGAUCCCCCACUACCCUCACUCCCGCUGGGCGACUCCUUGGACCUUGUGCCAAUCGGGGCGUUCCAUGGCCGUGGCAAACGAACAGGUGUCUUCGGGGCGUUCCUCCUGGCGUGCUACGACCCUGACACGGAGGAGUACCAGUCCAUCUGCAAGAUCGGCACCGGCUUCUCCGAAGCAGCGCUGGAGGAGCGAUCCGCAUCGCUGCGCAAGCGAGUCAUUGACAAGCCGCCUGUGAGUGCAGUGGUGGGUGGGGCGGUGUGGGCCCUACUAUCGUAUGGGGAGACGCUAGGAGUGGAAGUGUGGUUCGAGCCGUCAGAGGUGUGGGAGGUGCGGGCGGCGGAUUUGUCCAUUAGUCCCGUGCACCGGGCGGCAACCGGGCACGUGAAUGAGACGAAAGGAAUCGCUCUGCGCUUCCCCCGGUUCCUGAGGCUGCGAGAUGAUAAGAGCGCGGAGCAGGCCACUUCCAGCGAACAGGUGAGCUUGGGGAUGGGGGGGUAG